AUGCUGUGCUCGUUGAGGGCAGCGACGAAUCUGCCGCGCGUGCGGCUUAGUGCCGGUCCAUCUUCGAAUGCGGCUGUGGCUAUGGGCCGCUCUGCAGCGCUAUCAACCUCGGCGGCUCGCCGUCAGGCGACGCCGGCGCCAGCGCCGCCCAAGAUGAUCAAACUUACCAUCAAUGGCAAGGAGAUUGAGGUAGAGCAGGGUACCGCUCUGAUCCAGGCUUGUGAGAAGGCUGGUGCGCAAAUUCCCCGUUUCUGCUACCACGAGCGUUUGAACGUGGCUGGUAACUGCCGUAUGUGUCUGGUCGAGAGCGUGGGUGCUCCCAAGCCGCUGGCUUCGUGCUCGUUCCCUGCGAUGCCUGGCCAAAAGAUCUUCACUGAUUCGCCCGCUGUUGCCCGCUCUCGUCAGUCGGUACUCGAGUUCCUGCUGAUGAACCAUCCGCUUGACUGUCCUAUCUGCGACUGGGGUGGUGAGUGUGACCUGCAAGACCAGACGAUGCGCUAUGGGUCGGACCGCUCGCGAUUCCACGAGAUGGCUGGCAAGCGCGCGGUCGAGGACAAGUACCUUGGCCCGCUUGUCAAGACCGUGAUGACUCGUUGCAUUCAGUGCACCCGUUGCGUUCGUUACGCUAACGAAGUGGCUGGUGUGCAAGACCUUGGUACAACGGGCCGCGGUAACCAGCUCCAGAUCGGCAUGUACGUCGAGAAGAUGCUCGACUCGGAGAUGUCGGGCAACAUUGUCGACCUGUGUCCCGUCGGUGCGCUGACCUCGCGCCCCUACGCCUUCCAGGCGCGUCCAUGGGAACUGAAGAAGGUCGAGUCUGUGGAUGUGCUCGACGCUGUUGGCAGCAACAUCCGCGUGGACGCCCGUGACCUGCAGGUGAUCCGCGUGCUGCCGCGGACCAACGACGAUGUGAACGAGGAGUGGAUCAACGAUAAGACUCGUUACGCAUGCGAUGGUCUUAAGUACCAACGCCUGACAGUGCCGCUGAUCCGCCAGGGUGACCGUUUUGUCCCUGCCUCGUGGCCCGAGGCGCUUGAGGCUAUAGCCCAGGGCCUGGCGGCCAGUGGCGCGAAAGGCGACGAGAUCCAGGGUGUCGCUGGUGCGCUGGCCGAUGCUGAGUCGAUGGUGGCCCUGCGCGACAUGAUUCACCGUUUGGGUUCGGAGAACCUGGCUACCGAUGAGCCGAACGGUGACUCAGACCCGCUGCACGGUAUUGACAUCCGCUCGAACUACACUUUCAACACGGGCAUUGCCGGUCUCGACGAGGCCGAUUAUGUGAUCCUGAUCGGCACGAACCCCCGGCACGAAGCCACGAUCAUCAACGCCCGUCUGCGCAAGGGCUACCUCCGCAAUGGCCUGGAUCUCGCGCUUAUCGGUGAGGAGGUGGACCUGACAUACGAAUACGACUACCUCGGCGCUGACGCUAAGGCCGUCGCCGAUCUGGCUGCUGGCAAGGGCCGCGGUGCAGAGCGUCUGAAGGAGGCCAAGAAGCCGCUUGUGAUUGUGGGCAGCGGUGUGGUCGACCACCCUGACGGCGCUGCAAUCCUGCGCGACGUGGCGAAGCUGGUGCAGUCGAACAAGGACAAGUUCCUGACGCCCGAGUGGAAUGGCUACAACUUCCUGCACCGUGCUGCCUCGCGUGUGGCUGCGCGUGAGAUGGGUUACCAUGGCCUGUCCUCCUCUAAGCCGAAGUUUAUGUACCUACUUGGUGCGGAUGAUCUCCCCGUGAGCAAGAUCCCCAAGGACGCCUUUGUGGUGUACCAGGGCCACCAUGGUGACAUUGGCGCGCAGUACGCGGACGUGUGUCUGCCCGGCCUUGCGUAUACGGAGAAGAGCACCACCUAUAUGAACACCGAGGGCCGCACGCAGAUUACGCGCGCUGCAGUGACUGGUGUAGGUGCGGCGCGUGAAGACUGGAAGGUGCUGCGUGCUCUAUCGGAGGUGCUCGGCACCACGCUCCCGUACGACACGGUGACGGACGUGCGUGACCGCAUGUUUGAUAUUUCGCCCGCGCUGGUGCAUUACGACAGCUGCGAGCGCACGAGUGCUGAGGUCGCCGAGCUCGGUCUCGAGCAGCUGGCUGCCUCGAGCGCGACUGCGAAUGGUGUGCCGCUCCACCGUCCGAUCAGGAACUUCUACCAGACGGACCCAAUUUCGCGCGCUUCGCCGACCAUGGCCAAGUGUGUGCAGGCAUUCAUCCUGAAAACGCCGUCGUUCCAGGAGAAGUGGGCGCAGGCUUCGGCCCCUUCGGCGUCGACUCCGUAG